AACAAAACGACACCGGAUUUGUGCUUUUUGCCCUUUUAUCAUAGCAACACCGUCCCAAGAACGAAAACCUUCAAACUCCACACCCAAAAACUCUCUCGCCCAUAGAGAGCCAGAACCCACUAUCGAAGAUCAAGAACAACAAUUAGGUGGUACGGUACUGAAGCCCUUCUCUCUCAUAAAAUUUGCACAGUGCCCAGUUCAUCAGCUACUCAUAUGUAUGCUCUCUAAUUCUUUAUGAAUAAUUCGAUCUGCAGGUUUUGUUUGAAGUUUAGAAUUCGAACUACCAGUUAAUGUUUUGCAGUUUCAUAAUUUUUACUUUAAGUUUUUUAGGGUUUUGAGGAGAUCUUUGAUUCCCAUUUUAAAUGUUUGAUUUUGCUUGGAAUUGGGGGUUUUAGGGUUUUGGGUGAAAAUUUGUUUCUGGGUUUGUGUUAUUUUUGGUGGGUUUUCUACAAGACUGGAUUUUGAUAGGUUUUAGGUUGCUUUGAAGUGUAAUUUCUUAGGUAGUUGUGUGAGUGAUAGUGACAGUGGUGGAGCUAUGUCUGUUAAUAAUAAUGGUAGUAAUAAUAAUAACAAUAACAAUCAGUCGCCCAUGAACCUUGGGCAAUCUUCUUCACCGUUUGGGAAUGCUGGGAUGGUUAAUCCGUCAGCGUUCUCACAGUCGCAGUCUCAGGCGCAAAUGGCGUCGGGUUUUCAGAAUCAAUUCCAGUUAUCUCAAGCGCAGGCCAAUGCUCAGGCUCAGUUGAAAGCACAGCAGGCUGCUCAGUUACAAGCACAAGCACGUGCGCAAGCAGCUGCUCAUGCUGCUCAAGUUCAAUCGGCACAAGCGCAAUUUCAAGCUCACUUUCAGGGGCAAGGGAUGUCGCUUAGUCAGGCUCAGAAUGCGGGUAUAGCCAAUUUAGGUUCAUCUUCCCCUUCGUUUAAUACUCCUGGUAGUAUGAAUGCCAAGCGUAUGCCCCAAAAGCCGCCUGUUCGGCCUCCUGGUGUUCCUAUGUCAAACAUGAUUUCCCCGUUGAAAAAUAUGGAUCUUACUCCUGCAGCUCGUAGGAAGAAGCAGAAGCUUCCGGAGAAGCAGCUGCAAGAUAGAGUUGCAGCUAUUCUGCCCGAGUCUGCUCUCUACACUCAACUGCUUGAGUUUGAAGCGCGCGUUGAUUCUGCUUUAAAUCGAAAGAAGGUUGACAUCCAGGAGGCUCUUAAAAACCCUCCAUGUGUUCAGAAAACACUUCGGAUUUAUGUUUUCAAUACUUAUGCUAAUCAGAUCAGAUCAAUUCCUAAGAAGCCGAAUGCGGAUCCUCCAACUUGGACUCUUAAGAUUGUUGGGAGAAUUUUGGAGGAUGGGAUAGAUCCCGAUCAGCCUGGAGUGGUUCAGAAAUCAAAUCCCUUAUAUCCAAAGCUCUCAUCAUUUUUCAAAAGAGUGACGAUUAUGCUGGAUCAGAGAUUAUAUCCUGAUAAUCAUAUGAUUGUAUGGGAGCAUUCUCGAGCUCCUGCACCUCAUGAGGGAUUUGAAGUGAAAAGAAAGGGGGAUAAAGAAUUCGCCGUGACUAUAAGAUUAGAAAUGAACUACGUGCCUGAGAAAUUUAAGCUCUCUCCCGCCCUGAUGGAAGUUCUAGGUAUUGAGGUCGACACUCGUCCAAGAAUCAUAGCUGCAAUCUGGCAUUAUGUAAAGGCCAGGAAACUGCAGAAUCCAGAGGACCCUUCCUUCUUUAACUGUGAUCCGCCUCUUCAGAAAGUAUUUGGGGAAGCAAAGAUGAAGUUUACCAUGGUUUCGCAGAAAAUAUCACAGCAUUUAUCUCCCCCUCAAGCGAUAAUUUUGGAGCAUAAGAUAAAGCUUUCGGGGAAUAGUCCAGCGGGAACUGCGUGCUAUGACGUGGUGGUGGAUGUCCCUUUUCCAAUACAGAGAGAUUUGUCUGCUAUGUUGUCCAAUGCAGAGAAGAACAAAGAGAUUGAGUCCUGUGAUGAAGCAAUAUGUUCGGCUAUAAGGAAAAUUCACGAUCAUCGGAGGAGACGGGCCUUCUUCCUUGGCUUCAGUCAAUCACCUGUUGAAUUUAUCAAUGCUUUGAUUGAAUCUCAAAGCAGGGAUUUGAAACUUGUCGCUGGAGAAGGUAGUCGAAGUGCUGAGAAAGAGCGCCGUGCAGAUUUCUUCAACCAACCAUGGGUUGAAGAUGCUGUUAUACGCUACUUAAAUCGGAAGCCAGCUGCUGGAAGUGAUGCUCCUGGAAGCACGUGACAUGGAAAUUAUUUAACUGCUGAUCUUCUAGUAGCAAAAUCCGAACUGAAAGUCUUGGGAUUUCGGCUAUAUUCGGUGACAAUGGCAUCUGUAGAACCUCCACUGAAUAGAACCUGAUCGGAUUCAAGAAGACCUUUCUUUUGUAUCAGAUUCUUGAAGUAAUUGUUGUCGAACGAAUUGGGUGUCACCAAAUCAAGCGCCGCCAAUUUUGCAUCAUUACCGACAGCUGGACAACCGCGACGGCGAGUGCUGCCAAAUCCAGCGUCAAUGUUGGUGCCGUUGCUAUAGAUCCUGUCGCGGAAUGUAAAGCAUUGCGCUUGGCCAAGUGUAUGUGAUCCUGCAAGUUUAAAUCAAAAUGUUAUAUAUUGAUAUGAUGACAUUCGUGUAUUAGUAAUAUUCAUAAAAUAUAAAAAAAGGAUCAAACUUAGGGAGUAAUUUGCGGCAGUACCCGUUUAAACGGCACUACACGAAAUUAAGCGGGUUCUGGUUGAACUUAUAUGAGUUUGAAUUAUUAACGGAUUCAAUUAUAACACGGUAACACAAAUUGAUAA